AUGGUUGGGGGGCGAGCGGCGGAGCAAGCACCUGCGAGCGGCCAGCAAGGAGAAACCGGUGAAGGAGGAGCUGCGCACGAGGCUCCAAGUGCCAUGGGCAUUGGUGGAGGAGCUGUUGCACCGACUAUCGAAACGGGAACGAUCGGAGCCACAUAUAGCCAUUUCAAGUUUGGCGUGGAGCAUAUCUCCGUGACGCCACUGUUGGAGGGAAGGCACGAUCUUACUGCGUGGACCCAGUUAACCCAACUUAGGAAGGGAGAUGAUGAGACGGCGGAAUCCUACUGCAACAAGGCCCGCACCAUUCGAGCGGAGUUGCUGACCAUAGGACACGAGGUCCAGAUCGCCAUGUUCGCUGCACACGUGCUGAAAGGCCUGCCACCAGAGUACAGAUUCCUUUGCCGCAAGCUCGACAUUUCCAGCGCUGACAUGACGGUGGAACGUGUGUGCAGUGAGGUGUUGAUGGAGGAGCAGACUCUCUCCAUCGAACAAAGCUACAAGCAGAUAACAAGUGAUGCAUCUGCUUUCUCAGGCGCUGUCAAUUCGAUUGUGGCUGCAACGGGGAUCAACGGGAAGGAAGGGAAAGGAGGAAGGGAGCAGACGGACAAAAAGGAUGGCAAGCGAGAGAAGAAGCGAGGCCCCUUAAAGGGGCGCUGCUACAACUGCAAUGAGGAGGGGCACAUGGCUGCCAAGUGUCCCAACAAGAAGAAAGAUGCAACGCCCGCGGCAGCUGUUAACGUUGCCGAAGGAGACGGGAAGGGCGUGGCACUCACAGUCGCGUGA